AUGUACAGAGGGCCAAUGCUCUCAUCCUCCCCAGCUGUUGCAUAUCCACCUUCCACGCCCUUUCCAUAUCCAGGAUUUCCAUUUGAAACUAAUUUUCCGUUAUCUUCAAAUGCUUUUUCUGGCUGUUCAACACCGUUUAUGGAUUCAACAACUGUGGGCGGACUUUGCUUUCCUAUGAUGCCCUCGCAGCCUAUUGGGCCUGGUGUUGUUGUCUCAUCCACAGAUCCCCAUCCCUAUGGUCUUCCAGGUGGUACAAGUAACGUAAUUCCCGACAACAGAAAAUGGGGUAGUCAGAGUCUGGAUCUUAAUUCAGGCCCUGGUGUUACAGAUACUGAGCGCAGAGAUGGCAGGCUACCUUCAGGAUUGAGACAGAUGCCUGUUCCAAGUCAACAACAGGCCUUGAUGGAGGAUAACUUGAAGAUGUUUCAGAUGGCCGGUGCAUUAAAAAGAAAGGAACCUGAUGGUGGUUGGGAUGGAACUGAUAGAUUCAGUUACAAACAUCCAGUGUGCCUAGCAUAG